AUGGCGGGCGACGAGUACUCCGUCGGCGGGGGCAAGCUCAAGCUGAAGGGGAGUAAAGUCAGCGGAGGGCGGAUAGAGAAGAAAAAGAAGAAGAGCGGGAAGAAAAAGGAGGGGGAAGCGACGACGCCCAAGCCGGAGUCGACGCCAGAUACGAAGCGGCCGGAAAACGAAACAGAGGACGGUGUGAGGUCUGAGGAGGAUAGAGAGAAAGAGAGGGAUGCGCCUGGGAAGACUGAGGCCGAGAAGAGAGCGGAGGAGGUUAGGCGCAAACGGUUGCAUGAGCGGCUUCAGCGCGAAGGUGUCAAAACUCAUAAGGAGCGUGUGGAGGAGUUGAAUAAGUAUCUUAGUCGGCUGAGUGAGCAUCAUGAUAUGCCGAAGAUUGGACCGGGCUAA